GUUCUGUGCAUUGAUUAAAAGUGCAAAGCGAGAGCUGAUUUGCUAUUUUCUUGCGCCUGCCCACCCAGGCAGUGACAGCGUGUGUCUGUGCCUGUGCAUUCAUUUCUGGAAGCAGCAGAGACUGGGAUAUUUGAUUGCCGAAAGAGGGUCGGUUCUGCAAUGCUCGCCAGGGAAUGCAUCGUAUCUGCACCUGGAAAGGUUAUUCUUCACGGUGAACAUGCAGUGGUGCACGGAAAGAUGGCGUUGGCUGUAAGCUUAAACUUGAGGACUUACCUCAGAAUCCAGCCUGGCUCUGAAGGGAGAGUGUCCGUCAACAUGCCCAACAUAGACACCUUCCUGAGCUGGGACGUGUCCUCCCUGCACACCCAGCUUCCUGCCAGCAGGGCUGGUUUGCAGAGUGCUGUGGAGCCAGACCCAGCAGUGGUUCAGAAGCUGCGUGAGUAUGCAGGUCUCGUGGAUGGAUUGGCAGACACACGCAGCCUGGCAGUCCUCACCUUCCUCUACAUAUACCUCUCUGUGUUUGCAGAAUCCAGAGAGCUGCCCAGCUUGACCAUGGUUGUGUGGUCUGAGCUGCCCACUGGGGCUGGUCUUGGCUCAAGCGCCGCUUUCUCUGUCUGCCUCUCCGCUGCUCUGCUGGCCUGCAGAGGGGCGAUCACCUGCCCGGCUGUAGAAGCAGGACAGACUGCAAGGUGGAGCGACGACGAGCUGGAGCUGAUUAACAAGUGGGCGUUCCAGGGAGAGAAAAUCAUCCACGGCAAUCCAUCAGGGGUGGACAAUGCCGUGGGCACCUGGGGUGGAGCUUUACGAUACCACUCGGGGAAGACCAAGCCAUUAAGCAGCACUCCUGUUUUAAGAAUUCUACUCACAAACACUCGAGUUCCCCGGAGUACCAAGGUUCUAGUGGCAGGAGUGAGAGACAAAAUGACUAAGUUUCCUGCUAUAAUGAAUCCGGUGCUGGAAUCAAUAGAUGCCAUUUCCUGCGAGUGUGAGCGAACCCUAAUGGAGAUGGCGAGCAGACCUGAAAUACAACACUACCGGGUAUUAGAGGAGCUGAUUGACAUUAACCAGCACCACCUGAAUGUGAUGGGCGUGGGGCACCCCUCCCUGGACAGGCUGUGCCAGGUCAGCUUGGCACACGGACUGCACAGCAAGCUGACUGGGGCCGGGGGAGGAGGCUGUGGCAUCACUCUGCUCACACCAGACACUGACAGCUUAGAAGUUGAAAGAUCGAUACAGGAACUGAAAGACUGUGGCUAUGAUUGCUGGGAAACUAGCAUUGGUGCACCUGGUGUUCUGCAUCACUCUUCGUCCUCCCUGAAGGAAGACGUGUUAAAGGUUUUAAACGGUUACUAAAGAGACAUCUGCAGCACGACGCUCGGUUUGCAUUUUAUCAGCGUGUGAGGUGCCCUGACUGCAGGAUAUCCAUGGAUCACCCCCCCCCCACACACACACACACACACGUGGUAUUGGACGAGUGCUUCACCCAUCAGAUAUAAACUACCAAACUCAUGUUUCUUUGCAGAAAUCAGAACACAAGCUGUGUUUGUGUAAUUCUGUGCAUUUACAUUUAGAGUUGGCUUUUGCAGUUAACAAAAGACAUCAUAACAAUCUAGUUAAAGAGAAUAACGUUUAAAUAACAGACAGAUGACAGCUAAAAGUGCUCCAAAAAUAAAAUGCUAUGUAGACUGUCCUCAAUGAAAGGGUUACAGGUGAAGUGUCCCGGAGAGCUUUAAAAUGAGAUUCUACCUAUUUAAGAAGAAAAGAAGUCUAUUUUCUGUUGCACUAGAAAAGAGAUUUUGUUUAUAACCUCCCGUUGCUGUAAGUAAUCACAGGAGCAUGCCUGCUUGACUCGGAAUGCAAUGGAGGCAAACAAGUUUUGGGGUGAGUGGUGAGGGGAGUAAGGGGGUAAGGCAGUAAGGCCUGCCUUCAGAGUGCACAGACAGAAGCCUUGCUCUGGGACCACACAAGCAGUCGUGAGCUUGCCAUUUCUAAGGUGAUCAUUAAUUUUCCUAACACAGCCAAACAUUCCUUCAUCUCAAGCCUGUUCAAAUUAGUGUAGCACUCUAGAGAUUACCCUGCGAUUUCAGGAGCAGUAAAAGCAAGUCUUAACAGUUUCACUUCAUCCUCAGCAAAGACCUGCUGAGAAAUGUUAGUAUUGUUUUUGAUGUUUCCUGUUCAAAGUCAAUGACUUGCCCAGAGUGACUUACAAUUUAUCCUGAAGCUUUAGAUAAUUGGAGACAAGGCCGUGACGCGCCGUGCUUUUCUUGGUGUUCUGCAUUUCAUGCAAGCAAGACUUUGUGUUGCAUUCUUCUUCUGUUAUUUAAUGACAAACGUGCAAGACCUUGCUCGACACACAGUGUCGGCUUGAUAUUUAUUGGGAGCGUCCUGGAAAAUAUAUUUUAAAAAUAGUCAUUUUAUGCAACAUUCAACAAAUUAAAAAUUCUGAGAAUGUUUUAUAUUUCAAUUUAUAGUUUUUUUUUUUUUUUUUUUUUUUUUACACUCAAUGGCUCUUGAACUGUAUUUAGUCUUGGUGCCUUUUCCACAGAAUCUGGUUCAGUACAGUUAAUGUUGACUAAUGGGUUAGAUUCUGUGCAUUACUUUUCAUUGCCACAAGGCAGCAGUAAAGACUUGUAUUAAGCUCACAGGGGUAUAUUCGUAAUUGAUAAAUCAACAAUCCAGUCAGCAACUUAUGUUUGGUCUAUGGUAUACAACCCAUCUGUUUUGAAUUGGAAAGUAUUAUUUUAAAUUGAUCAAUUAUGAAAAUAAACGAUUAUAUUUUAGCCUCAUUUGAGUUAUGAUUUGUCUGUAACACAGGAAACUAAAGAAGUAGUUCCUGAAAAGAAAGUUUUGUUAAAACGUAUUAAAAAAAAAAAAAAAGGUACACUUCUAACUUCAAGGAGCUUUUGCUGCAGAAUAUUUGCACAGAUUAAGGCUCAACAUGUUUUUUAACCAGUCAAAUGGGAGCAGUGUUUAGCUGGCAACAUCCAGAGGAUUCAGAAAUAAAUCUCUUUAUUUUUUUUAUACAGAGAGCUGGUAAAGUUAGUUAACCAAGAUUUGACUCCAUUGCAAAAAUAACAUGGUGCCCGAUUUAUGGUACGAUUCAAUGCGAUUGUAAUGCUUUCCCAUUUCUAUUCAUAAGAUCAAAGCUACGAAUCGUGCUCCAUUAGAUACUGCAGAAGAGUUUGUAUUUCUCCUUCAAUUGGGAUGAAACUUGCUGUGGACAUUUCAGUUCUUGUGGGUGUCGUGAUCUAGGUCUUAUGAGGGAGUUGGUGUAAGUUGCAAUCCUGAAUUUAUCACAAAUACCUGUUCUGCUGUACACACUGCUGCUGUAUUAUUGUCUGACUGAUAUGCAUGUUACUAUAGGUUGAUUUUAUCAGCCUGCACCCAACUCGGAGAAGCCACAGCUGGAACCCCCUCAUGGCUUCCGUGAGCCACAUGUUUUUUGGAGUAAUCUGAGGAUAACUACAGAUAGCUAGUCGAUGCAAUUCAGGGUGAUUUCAUGGUGCUGUAAAAGGAUUCAAAAAACAAAAAAAACAGCUACUGCUUGAUCAGACUGAUGAUCACUGCUUUAGGAGAUGUCUUGAGUGAAUUAUUUCUGACCUGAUGCAGUACAAUAGAAAUGUAUGUGACCUGUUGCUUUUGUGCUUUAAAUCGUUUCUCGUGAACGCGAGGAUAGUAAGCAAGAAACGAGUUUGAAAUCAUUACUUUUUUUUUUUUUCUUUUAAAAUAAAAAGUUGUUUCAUAACUGUGUCUUUUAAAACCCAGCGCUGUCUGGAAAUUUCAAGAGAGGCUUGAGAGUUCCAAUCCCUUUCAUGUGGAUCCUCUGCCCCGCAUUUCUAAAGGUCAGACUGAUUUUCUUUUUUCCUGUUAGAUCUUUGGCAGAUAUAUGGAGAAGUGUUGCCUCAAGCCUGGGGGAUUUUAUCCGGUUUGUCCUACAGUCCCAAUUAAUCCCUGAUCUGAUCAGUGAUUGGCAUUAAAAAGAUCCAGAUAAUGAA